AUGAGUCGGGAGUUGCAGUCCUACUUCUACCACAUUGGCCUGCCUUUUUUUGUGGACGCGACCGCAGACGUGAUGCUCGCCUUUGUCCCGACCGUCGCCUUGCCGCGUGGGCGUGCCCCGUCUACAUUCGCCCCGUGGGUGUGUGCGGCGGGAAGUCCGGCGGAGAAGAAGGAUGCGGCAUGGAGGGUGGCGCCGAAGCGACCUGCGCCAGCGAGGAUAGCGGGCGCCUUCUUAUCGACCGUCGCCCUGGCGUUUGUGCAGUUUGGGCGCGUGCCGAGGGUAUAUGCGGAGACUAAGACGCCGACGCCCGCCCCGGCGAAGCAGCUCAGGUAUGAUGGGCGCCAGGAGUUGGAUGGGGGGGAGAAGGCCAUGUCGCUGACGUUGACGGCGGGGACGUUUGCAGGGCUCUUAGUGUGGGCGUGGAAGAGAAAUCGCAAGGAAGAUGAGCUGGAGAAUGUCCGUAUCAAAGAGGAAGUCGAGCGCUUAGAUAAGCUCAAGGCGGAGUUUAUCGACGUGGAGGAGGACGAGGAGACCAUGGAUGACGAGGACUUACUGGCGAGCUUGAAGCAGAGGAUUGGCGAUACGGAGGAGGGCGACGAGGAAGGCGAGGAGGGUGGAGAGGAGUCCGUGUCAGUUGUGGAGGGGGAGGAGGGUAGUGACGAGACAGAGGGCCAGCAGGCCGAGGGCGACACGGAUGUCGCGACUUCGGACUCGUUGGAUAUGCUGAAACGCAUGUGGGAGGCGACGGAUGGUGACGACGAGGCGAAAAAGGACAAGUCUUGAGGGAGAUGCCAAGUCGGCCAUUGUUUUUAUGGGGAGCUGAGUUGUGCGUGCAUGUCCGACUUGCUUAUUUUUGGCCGUGGCGAGUGUCUGCGUUGAUUGCUUUUCCUUCGUCUCUGCAUUUGUGUUACGGCGCUCUGACUGCCGCGCCGGCGCCGCACCCGUUGGGACGAUCGACUCUGCAACACACCUUAUGCUGCAUCACUCUGGUCUCAACCUUGUAAUUUUCAAAAAUUGCUCCCCGGCCUAAACUCCCUGUUGCGCCCCUGUUGCGCCCCUUUUGCCCGUUGCAUCCUGCUUUUGCAUCGUCGUGGACACGCCUUUGCCUCACCACCUGUGCUGGUUUUAUGUCACAAUUAAAUCAACUCUAUCUA